GGGUGUCUGAACCCCAGGCCUCUCCUCCCCCAGGGACUUGGCAUUUAGCCAUCUCUCGCGGUCCAGAUGUUCUUUCUCACCCUUCAGAACACGCCCCGCUGAAUGUGGGGCAGCAAGGAGGGCGGGGAGACCAGGCUGAUGCCUCCCACAGCCUCCUGGGAGUCUCUGGACUUCUUAAAGGGCUCCCCCUGGGGGCCCACCUGUUCGCCCCAGGGCGCUGAGGGACAAGCUGCGGUCUGAGGAGCUCAGGAUCGAGGUCGGCUGACAUGCCUGAGGCGAAACCAGUAGCCAAAAAGGCCCCCAAAGGCAAAGAGGCUGCCAAACCAGCUCCCAAGGAAGCCCCCCCUAAGGAGGCUCCUGCAGAGCCCCCCAAAGAAGCUCCACCUGAGGACCAGUCUCCCACUGCUGAGGAGCCCACUGGCAUUUUCCUGAAGAAGCCAGACUCAGUGUCAGUGGAAAAUGGAAAAGAUGUGGUGAUCAUAGCCAAGGUGAAUGGGAAGGAGCUCCCAGAGAAACCAACCAUCAAGUGGUUCAAGGGGAAGUGGCUGGAGCUGGGCAGCAAGAGUGGGGCCCGAUUCUCUUUCAAGGAGUCCCAUGACUCUGCCAGCAAUGUGUACACCGUGGAGCUGCACAUUGGGAAGGUGGUCGUGGGGGACCGUGGGAAUUACCGCCUUGAGGUCAAAGCCAAGGACUUCUGUGAUAGCUGUGCCUUCAACAUCGAUGUGGAGGUACCCCGUCAGGACGCCUCUGGGCAGGGUCUAGAAAGCUUCAAGCGUUCGGGCGAAGGGAAGUCAGAAGAUGUGGGUGAGCUGGAUUUCAGCAGCCUGUUGAAGAAGAGGGAGGUGGUUGAGGAGGAGAAGAAAAAGAAGAAAGAUGAUGAUGACCUAGGCAUCCCCCCUGAAAUUUGGGAGCUCCUGAAAGGGGCAAAGAAGAGUGAGUACGAGAGGAUUGCCUUCCAGUAUGGCAUCACUGACCUCCGGGGCAUGCUGAAGCGGCUCAAGAAGGCCAAGGUUGAGGUCAAGAAGAGUUCAGCCUUCACAAAGAAACUGGAUCCAGCCUACCAAGUGGACAGGGGCAACAAGAUCAAGUUGGUGGUGGAAAUCAGUGACCCAGACCUUCCUCUUAAGUGGUACAAGAACGGCCAGGAGAUCAAACCAAGUAGCAAGUAUGUGUUUGAGAAUGUUGGUAAGAAGCGAAUUCUCACCAUCAACAAGUGCACGCUGGCGGACGAUGCCGCUUAUGAGGUCGCUGUCAAAGAUGAGAAGUGUUUCACCGAGCUCUUUGUCAAAGAACCUCCAGUCCUGAUUGUCAAACCCCUCGAGGACCAGCAGGUGUUUGUGGGUGACCGGGUGGAAAUGUCAGUGGAGGUAUCAGAAGAUGGUGCCCAGGUCAUGUGGAUGAAAGAUGGGGUAGAACUGACACGGGAGGAUUCCUACAAGGCUCGAUACCGCUUCAAGAAGGAUGGAAAGCAUCACGUUCUUAUCUACUCAGAUGUGACCCUGGAGGAUGGGGGUCACUACCAGGUCAUGACCAAUGGAGGCCAGUGUGAGGCCGAGCUCAUCGUGGAAGAGAAACAGCUGGAGGUCCUGCAGGACAUCGCAGAUCUGACAGUGAAGGCCUCGGAGCAGGCCGUGUUUAAGUGUGAGGUGUCUGACGAGAAGGUGACAGGCAAGUGGUACAAGAAUGGGGUCGAGGUGCGGCCGAGCAAGAGGAUCACCAUCUCCCACGUGGGGAGGUUCCACAAGCUAGUGAUCGAUGACGUCCGCCCUGAAGAUGAGGGAGACUACACAUUUGUGCCCGAUGGCUAUGCCCUGUCCCUCUCAGCCAAGCUCAACUUCCUGGAAAUCAAGGUGGAGUAUGUGCCCAAGCAAGAGCCACCAAAGAUCCACCUGGACUGCUCAGGGAAGACCUCAGAGAAUUCGAUUGUGGUUGUGGCUGGAAACAAGCUGAGGCUCGAUGUGUCCAUCACCGGGGAGCCUCGUCCUGUUGCCACCUGGCUGAAGGGAGAUGAGUUGUUCGCAGCCACUGAAGGCAGGGUCCGCAUCGAGAAUCUGACAGACAUCAGCAGCUUCGUGAUCGAGAGUGCCGAUCGAGCGGAUGAGGGCCGCUACACCAUCAAGGUCACCAACCCCGUGGGCGAGGAUGUGGCCUCCAUCUUCGUGCGGGUUGUGGAUGUCCCAGACCCCCCGGAGGCUGUGCGGGUCACCUCUGUUGGAGAGGAUUGGGCCAUUCUUGUCUGGGAGCCACCCAAGUACGAUGGGGGGCAGCCAGUCACCGGUUACCUCCUGGAGCGGAAGAAGAAGGGCUCUCAGCGCUGGAUGAAACUGAACUUUGAGGUCUUUACGGAGACGACCUAUGAGUCCACCAAGAUGAUCGAGGGCGUCCUCUACGAGAUGCGGGUCUUUGCGGUCAAUGCCAUUGGUGUUUCCCAGCCCAGCAUGAACACCAAGCCCUUCAUGCCUAUCGCACCCACGAGUGAACCCUUGCACCUGACAGUGGAAGAUGUGACAGACAUGACCACCACUCUCAAGUGGAGACCUCCAGAUAGGAUUGGGGCAGGCGGCAUCGAUGGGUACCUGGUGGAGUACUGCCUGGAGGGCUCCGAGGACUGGGUCCCAGCUAACACGGAGCCCAUAGAGCGCUGUGGCUUCACCGUCAAGAAUCUCCCCACGGGAGCAAAAAUCUUGUUUCGGGUAGUGGCAGUCAACAUUGCGGGGCGCAGCGAGCCCGCCUCCCUGUUCCAGCCCGUCACCAUCCGGGAAAUUGUGCAGCAACCCAAGAUCCGGCUCCCGCGCCAUCUCCGCCAGACUUACAUCCUCAAAGUGGGGGAACACAUCAACCUCGUCAUCCCCUUCCAGGGAAAGCCCCGGCCCCAGGUGGUGUGGACAAAGGGCGGGGCGCCCCUGGACCCCAAUCGUGUGCACGUGCGCACCAGCGACUUCGAUACCGUGUUCUUCGUGCGCCAGGCGGCACGCUCGGACUCGGGGGAGUACGAGUUGACGGUGCAGAUUGAGAACAUGAAGGACACGGCCACCAUCCGUAUCCGGGUCGUGGAAAAGGCAGGACCAGCAGAGAACGUGAUGGUGAAGGAGGUGUGGGGUACUAACGCGCUGGUGGAGUGGCAGCCCCCCAAAGAUAAUGGGAACAGUGAGAUCACGGGCUAUUUUGUCCAGAAAGCCGACAAGAAAACCAUGGAGUGGUUUACCGUCUACGAACACAGCCGGCACACCUCCUGUACGGUGCCUGACCUCAUUGUGGGCAACGAGUACUAUUUCCGCGUUUUCAGUGAGAACAUCUGUGGGCUCAGCGACUCCCCCGGUGUCUCCAAGAACACGGCCCGGAUCCUGAAGACAGGUAUCACCUACAAGCCGCUUGAGUACAAGGAGCAUGACUUCCGAACACCUCCCAAGUUCCUGACGCCUCUACCAGACCGGGUGGUCGUGGCUGGUUACGCUGCUGCCCUCAACUGCGCGGUCAGAGGCCACCCAAAGCCGAAGGUGGUCUGGAUGAAGAACCACAUGGAAAUCCGUGAAGACCCCAAAUUCCUGAUAACCAACUACCAGGGAAUCCUGACGCUCAGCAUCCGCCGCCCGUCUCCCUUUGACGCGGGGACCUACUCCUGCAGGGCUGUCAACGAGCUGGGGGAGGCGCUGGCCGAGUGCAAGUUGGAAGUCCGAGUGCCACAGUGAGACUGUCUUCCACCUGCCAAAGUAAUUGGCUGCUGGGUCCUAACCUGGACCUCCCUGAACAUUGCUGUUUCCCUUUCCAGAGUUACCACUAAGAUAAUAGUCUUGUCUACAACCUGUGUGUGUCUGUCCU